GAGACCAAGCAGGAGGAAGCCAGGCCGGAACCCCCUGGACCCCAGCCAAUCCAACGCUGCCAUGAGGCUCCUGGGCAUGGCUCUUUUGCUGCUCCUGGUCCUGCACAUUGCACUCGGUGUGACGGAGGUCCGCUGGUGCACCAUCUCGGAUCCGGAGCAGCAGAAAUGCCAAGACAUGAGCCAGGCCUUCCAGGGGGCUGGCAUCCAGCCUUCCCUCCUCUGCAUCCAGGGCACCUCUGCUGACCACUGUGUCCAGCUCAUCGAGGACCAUAAAGCUGAUGCCAUCACCUUGGAUGGAGGAGCCAUUUAUGAAGCAGGGAAGGAGCGUGGCCUGAAGCCAGUGGUGGGUGAAGUAUAUGACCAAGACGCUGGCACCUCCUAUUACGCCGUGGCUGUGGUCAGGAGGAAUUCCAAUGUGACCAUCCACACCCUGAAGGGCGCCAAGUCCUGCCACACAGGCGUCAACCGGACUGUGGGCUGGAACGUGCCGAUUGGCUACCUAGUGGAGAGCGGCCAUCUCUCGGUCAUGGGCUGCGAUGUGCUCAAAGCUGUUGGUGACUAUUUUGGGGGCAGCUGCGUCCCUGGAACAGGAGAAACCAGUUCCUCUGAGUCCCUCUGUCGCCUCUGCCGCGGCGACUCCUCCGGGCACAACGUGUGUGACAAGAGCCCUCUAGAGAGAUAUUAUGACUACAGUGGAGCCUUCCGGUGCCUGGCGGAAGGCGGUGACGUAGCCUUUGUGAAGCACAGCACGGUGCUGGAGAACACUGAUGGGAAAACCCUGCCGUCCUGGGGCAAGGCGCUGAUGUCACGGGACUUCCAGCUACUGUGCAGGGAUGGCAGCCGGGCCGAUGUCACUGAGUGGAGACGAUGCCACCUGGCCCGGGUGCCUGCGCACGCCGUGGUGGUCAGGGAUGACAUGAAUGGGGGCCUCAUAUUCCAGCUGCUCAAUGAAGGCCAGAGUCUGUUCAACCAUGAGGGCAGCAGCUUCCAGAUGUUCAGCUCCGAGGCCUAUGGCCAGAAGAACUUGCUGUUCAAAGACUCCACCUUGGAGCUUGUGCCCAUUGCCACACAGAACUACGAGGCCUGGCUGGGCCAGGAAUACCUGCACGCCAUGAAGGGUCUGCUGUGUGACCCCAACCGGCUGCCCCACUACCUACGCUGGUGCGUGCUGUCCACAGCGGAGAUCCAGAAGUGCGGAGAUAUGGCUGUGGCCUUCAGCCGGCAGAGAUUCAAGCCCGAGAUCCAGUGUGUGUCGGCGGAGUCCGCUGAGCACUGCAUGGAACAGAUCCAGGUGGGGUAUAUCGAUGCGGUGACCCUGACAGGAGAGGACAUCUACACAGCAGGAAAGAUGUACGGCCUGGUCCCGGCCGCUGGGGAGCAGUAUGCCGAGGAGGACAGGAGCAACUCCUACUUUGUGGUGGCUGUGGCGAGGCGGGACAGCGCCUACUCCUUCACCCUGGAUGAGCUCCGCAGCAAGCGCUCCUGCCACCCAGGCUUGGGCAGCCCCGCGGGCUGGGAUGUGCCCAUAGGCGCCCUCAUCCAGCGGGGCUUCAUCCGGCCCAAGGACUGUGAUGUCCUCACAGCGGUGAGUGAGUUCUUCAAUGGCAGCUGCGUGCCCGUAAACAACCCGAGGAACUACCCUCCGGCGCUGUGCGCGCUCUGCGUGGGCGAUGAGAACGGACGCAACAAGUGUGUGGGCAGCAGCCAGGAGAGGUAUUACGGCUACAAUGGCGCCUUCAGGUGCCUUGCGGAGAAGGCAGGGGACGUCGCCUUUGUCAAGCACACGACUGUCUUGGAGAAUACAAAUGGCCACAACCCUGAGCCCUGGGCUGCUCACCUCAGGUCACAAGACUAUGAGCUCCUGUGCCCCAAUGGAGCCCGGGCUGAAGUCAGCCAGUUCCAAGCCUGCAACCUGGCACAGAUGCCAUCCCAAGCUGUCAUGGUUCAUCCAGACACAAACAUCUUCAGUGUGUAUGGACUCCUGGACAAGGCCCAGGACCUGUUUGGAGAUGACCACAACCAGAAUGGGUUCCGAAUGUUUGACUCCUCCAAGUACCACAGCCAAGACCUGCUUUUCAAAGACGCUACAGUACGAGCAGUGCCCGUUGGGAAGAAAACCACGUACCUGGAAUGGCUGGGUCCCGACUACGUGGUGGCCCUGGAGGGGAUGUUGUCUCAGCAGUGCUCAGAUGCAGUGGCCGUGGUGGUGCAUCGAGUCCCCCUGCUGUCCCUGCUCCUGCUGGGCCUGGCUGCAGGUCUCCUCCCGCUGCACGUUCUCUGAACGUGGCUGCGGCCGGCGGCAGCCUGCGCAGGGAAAGCUACUGAGUCCAACCCAAGCAACCUGGAAACCGGCUAACCCUGCAGGAGAGCGCGGGAUGCAAGAGGCAAGGUGAGGUCUCGCAUACACAGCCCUCGGAUGUGCGAGUCUAACCCGAAGAGAAAUUUCUGGAAUCAGGAUGAUUGUUAAGGCCAAGUCCUCGGUACCUUGAGGCGACUGGCGAGCAGCCCAGUCAUGCCUCCCACGCUGGCGGCGGCGGCGCCUGCAGCAAACCUGGGCCUCCCACCUGGAGCCCUCCGGGCUGGUGAGGGGGGGAGGGAGAGAGAGAGAGAGAGAGAGAGAGAGAGAGAGAGAGAGAGAGAGAGAGAGAGAGAGAGAGAGAGAGAGGCUGCCGUGGCAACCGUGGAGUGGCUUCCCACACCAGCCUCUAUGCCAGUCGCCUGGAGAGGUGUCGAGGCAGGGGGCCACCGCCGACCUAGAGGACCUCAGUGGCACACUCCCACCCCUCGGCCCCUGCUCUCGCUGCCCAACCGCUCUCUCCGGAGGACAUCUGCCCACCAAGGCUCAGAGGAGCCCUCCUCAGAGGAGCAAGGUUGCUGGGCACCUGAACCUUCUGUGACACCAAGGAGCCCAACCCUCUGGAGAGCAGAUUCUACCAGAAUGGGAUAGGAGAAAGGCCAGGACUGGACGGUGGGGAUGAAGUCCUGUAGAAAACCUCAGAUGAAGGAAGUGCCGCCCCGCCCCCAGAAGAAUGUUAGUGGGUGAGGAGCCUGAUAGAGAGUGGGAUCUCUCCUGCCUGCCCUGCCUGAACCUCACUGCAUAGUGAGAUAUGCUUCCUAGAAUCCAUUGUUCCCUCCUCUGGGGUCAGUCUCAACAUUAUCCUCCUCUCUGCCUCACUGUGCCCCUUGCCCCCCAUCGACACACCACACACACACACACACACACACACACACACACACACACACACACACACCUUGUCUGUGUGGGAGCGUUUCUAUACCUUGUCUGAAGGAGCAUGGGCUAGGCCAGAAUCAGCCCCUGUGACGAGCUGGGCCUGAGGAACACACCUGAGCCACGGGGUUGGCAAGAGCCCUGCCUUCCCCACCUAACCCUGCACCUGGCAUCGACGGGCCCCCGAUUCCUGCACACCGUGAGAGACAACAGGAAGUCUCGAGGUGAUCCUCUCUCUCCGCUCCAUUUUGCCAUUGUUCUCUUAAGAGCCAGAAAAAAAAGUUUUCCAGAGCUACCAGCUUUUACUCCAAAUUUUGUUCCUGUAAAAUAAUAAAAAGAAGAAACAGGAGCAAGCAGCCCUUGUCAGCCCUGGAAGCAGCGUGGGCCUGGAGCUAUUUGUGUACUGGUCUGUGUGGGGGGCCUCAGGAUGCUGAUGACAGGCCCCGGUUCCCAGCGGUUCGCCCCCACCUGUGGGCGACGGACAGAUCCUUCAGAUCUCUCAGCCGUAGAGAAGGGCCCUGGCAGUGUCCCAGCCGGGAGUCACACCUUCCUGGGGAAUCUCGGUCACCAUGCUGCUUUGGAGAGCAAGCCCCUCCCCUCAGGACAGGGCCAUCCUUUCUGCUCUGACCUGGGGAUUGGUAUUUUUCUUAAAGGAGACUUUGGCAGCGAGAAAUGUAUUCUGUGUGGGCGCUCGUGCUGCCCAAAGUGUGAUGUCUGUGCCGUGUGCCUCGCAGGUGUGACUUCCAAGAGUGUUGUGCAAAUGACGUCUGAUUGCCAAGGGCCACCGCUGUGUUAGUGCUAAAGAAAGACACUGACUCCUUUUUAAAUAAAGCCAAGCAUCCCUGCGUAUGCAGAGGCCUGGGUUGUGAAGGAG